UCCUAACAAAAAUGAAAUAAAAAUAAAAUAUUUUUUAACAAAACAAAAACUUUUUUGUCAACAAUCAAAAAUCAAGUAAAUUUAAUGGCAGUUGUGUUUGAGGUGGUAGUUCGCUUGGUGAUCAAAGACUCGAUGGCCAAUAAUCCAAAUCAUCAAAGUCUUUGUCGUCGUCGUCGUCGUCAAAGUCGAGAACAAAAAUCAAUAAACCAACAACAACAACAUGAACAAAAACAUCGACAACAACAACCGAAAUAUUAUGAAUUUGAUCAGAUGCCUGAAUAUUUACGUUUUAAUCAAUGGAUACAUAGUGGUUAUCGUUCACCACAACUAUCAACAAUCGAAUGUUUAAAAUCAUGUUUUGAAUUACAUAAUGAAACAAUGAAUAUUUGGACACAUUUAUUAUCAAUCCUAUAUAUCCUUUAUAAUUUCCGGACAAUAUUUAUAACAAAAUUUUAUAAUUCCAAAUUAAUAUAUUUUCAUAUAAUUAGUUGCCUGUCAUCAUGGAUUGGUUCAUUAUUAUAUCAUAUAUUUAUGAAUCAUCGAUUAGGUAGGAAAAUUUAUUAUCCUCUUUUGAAAAUAGAUAUGUUCGGUAUUUGGAUUACACAAACAUUUGGUGCAUUAACUACCAUACAAGCAUCAUUGAUUAUGUUUGAUGAAUCAUUUCGAUUGUAUUUUAGUGUGAUUUACCUGGCCAUUAGCAUGGUUGUGCUGUAUGAAUGUUUACAGGCAAAAGAAUCAUGGCAAAGAUCAACAAGUUUUUCAAUACUUUUUCUAAUGCGUUUGAUUUGUUUUAUGAUUCGAUUGCGGACACAUUAUAAUCCUAAUCAAAUGUCAUUAUUAUUGAAAAUUUUCAAAUAUCGUCAUAUAAUUGGACAAGAAAUAUGGCCAAUAAUUGGUGCAAUUAUUGCUAGUACAAAAAUACCUGAAAGAUUUUUCCAUAAUGGUCAAUUUGAUUAUUUUCUAAAUAGCCAUAAUAUAAUGCAUUGUUUAGUUGUUAUGGGUGGUUUACAUAUGCAUUGGUCAUUCACUGAUGAUAUUCAAUUUUUUAUCAAUUAACCACCAGCGAACAACAACAGGCAGCAAAGAUCAAUCGAAAAAAAAAUUCCUUGGUUAAAAAAAACAAAC